CAUGGUAAGAAUGGUAUAUUCUGCAUAUCAUGGAGCCAUAAGGACUCCAAGAGGAUUGCUACCUGUAGUGGAGAUGGAUUCUGUAUCAUCCGGACCAUCGAUGGUAAAAUCCUCCAUAAGUACAAACAUCCUGCUGCGGUGUUUGGGUGUGACUGGAGCCAGAACAACAAGGACAUGAUCGCUACAGGCUGUGAGGAUAAAAAUGUCCGUGUGUACUACCUGGCCACCAGCUCCGACCAGCCUCUGAAGGUUUUCUCUGGACACCUCGCCAAAGUCUUCCAUGUGCGCUGGUCUCCACUCAGAGAGGGAAUACUGUGUUCUGGAUCAGAUGAUGGGACUGUCCGUAUAUGGGACUACACACAGGACGCCUGUAUCAACGUGCUGAGUGGGCACACAGCUCCGGUCAGAGGCUUGUUGUGGAACACUGAGGUUCCGUACCUCCUCAUUUCAGGGUCUUGGGAUUAUACGAUCAGAGUGUGGGACACUAGAGAUGGAACAUGUCUAGAUACAGUCUACGACCACGGAGCAGAUGUGUACGGUUUAACAUGUCAUCAGAGCCGCCCCUUCACCAUGGCCAGCUGCAGCAGGGACAGCACGGUGCGGCUGUGGUCCCUCGCCCCCCUGGUGGCCCCUCUGCUGCUGAACAUCCUCACGGAGCAGCCCUGGGACAGGAUCAACGGGAGCACAGACACAGCGAUGGUCCCCGGCGCCCCCCCGCUGCUCUGUGGGAAAGUGUCUCGAGACAUCAAGCAGGAGCUGGAUAAACUGAGCUGUGACAUCAGGGCCAAGAAGCUGCGCUGGUUCUCUGAGUGCUUUUCGCCUCCAGGGGGCAGCAGCAACCUGUGGGACCUGGUGUCAGUGAUCAGCGGGCAGGACGACUCGCUGCUGCCUCCCAGUUACAGCGGGGGGGUGAUGCACAUGAAGCACCUGCUCAAGUUUAAAACGUCUGAAGCCCAGGAGCUCACUAUAGUAAAGAUGUCUAAAUUUGGAGGGGGGAUCGGUGCCCCCAGUAAAGAGGAGAGGCUGAAAGAAGCCGCAGACAUCCAUCUGAGACUGGGACAGGUCCAACGAUACUGCGAAUUAAUGGUGGAGCUGGGACAGUGGGAGAAAGCCUUGUCUGUGGCUCCAGGAGUCUCCAUGAAAUACUGGAAGAAUCUCAUGCAGAGGAGAGCUGAGCAGCUGAUGGCUGAGGAUAACGAUGAUGCUAUCCCAUACGGCAUCGCCACAGGAGACAUAGAACAACUGGUGACCUUCUUCACUGGCAGAGGACAGCUUCAGGAAGCCUUGAUGAUAGCACAGGGAGCGUGCGAAGGGAACAUUCGUGCACCGCACAGUUCCACAGUGAACCACACAACUAAUGAUGUGGAUAGCAGACAACAAUACCAGAGUCUCCUCCAUAAGGUCUGUAAGGAACUCGCUGAGUGGUACUUCCAGGAUGGAUGCUCCGUUCUGGCUGCAUGCUGCCACCUCGCUGUGGACAACAUCAAGUUAGCCAUGUCAAGUCAUAUCCGAGGUAAUGAGCUGGAGUUGGCUGCAUGUGUGGGUAUAGUCCUUGGAGAGGCAGCUAACCAGAGCACUGCAUACUGUCUUGAACUCCUGGCCAGGAAGUACAUGAUGACACCUACAUGGGAGCUCUCUGCUGACCUAGUGCAAAUGAUUCCUGACAAUGACUUUUUACUGGCUAAGCUGUGUGCAUAUUACCCAGGAAGCCCUGCAGAAAUCAAUCUCUUUCAUAAGAGGUGCGGUCUUCCUUCAUUGGAGGAUUGUAAGUCCUUGGCAGAAGCAGCCAUAUGUGAAGGAGAUUUGUUGUUGGCAGUUAAAUUCCACCUGCUGAGCUCUGAACCUGAGAAGGCCCUGUGGAUUGGUCUGGAUCACGUUAAAGAACAGCUGGCUGGGUCUGAUUGGACAGUGGACAGUGUUCAGCCCAUCCUGGACCUGAUGAGUUACAUCAGAACCGACUGCCUCACCAUGGCCAAUUUGACAGA